AUGUCUCUGACCAAGGCCGAGAGGACCCAUGUCCUGUCCCUGUGGGACAAGGUCUCUGCACAGGCGAAUGUUGUGGGCCCUGAGGCCCUGGAGAGGCUCUUCUGCUGCUUCCCGCAGACCAAGACCUACUUCCCGCACUUCGACCUGAGCGCCGGCUCGGCCCAGCUGCAGGCUCAUGGCACCAAGGUGUUGAACGCGUUGGGCGAAGCGGUCAAGAGCCUGGACAACGUCUCCGGCGCCCUGGCCAAGCUGAGCGAGCUGCACGCCUACGUGCUGCGCGUGGACCCCGUCAACUUCAAGCUCUUGGCGCACUGUCUGCUGGUCACUCUGGCCGCGCACUUCCCCGACGACUUCACGGCCGAAACCCACGCCGCCUUGGACAAGUUUCUGACCCUCGUGUCCUCCGUGCUGACCGAGAAGUACCGCUAAGCGAAGCCGCCUCGUAGGAGGCCA